AUGGAGAAAGGAAGAGCAUCUUCCUCUGGAGCAGAAUCUGCAGCAGCCUCCAGCUAUGGGAAACUGGCAACCAUCCUGAGCAUAGAUGGAGGAGGGAUCAAAGGGAUCAUCCCAGGUGUAAUGCUUGCUUACCUCGAGUCCAAACUUCAGGAGCUUGAUGGGGAGGGAGCCAGGAUUGCAGACUACUUCGAUGUGAUCUCAGGAACGAGCACUGGAGGCCUGGUGGCUACAAUGCUGGCUGCACCAAAUGAGAACAAGCGACCACUUUUUGCAGCAAAGGAAAUUGUGCAAUUCUACCUGGAGAACAGCCCCAAGAUCUUCCCACAGAACAGGCAACUGUGGAAAGUUCUUACUGGGCCGCAGUAUGAUGGCAAGUACUUGAGGAAGGCGAUAAGAAAGAUGUUGGGGAGCAGUAAGCUGCAUGACAGCUUGACCAAUUUGGUCAUCCCAACUUUCGACAUCAAGAAGCUCCAGCCAGUUAUCUUUUCUUCCUAUCAGGUGGAAGCAGUGCCAACUUCAGAUGCUCUGCUCUCGGACAUAUGCAUAUCCACAGCUGCGCCCCCAACUUUCUUCCCAGUUCAUUACUUCAAGAACCAAGACUCACAAGGCAACGUCAGAGAAUUCAAUCUAAUCGAUGGCGGCAUAGCUGCCAACAACCCUACUUUGGUUGCCAUAAAAGAAGUGACCAAGCAGAUCAUGAAGAACCCAGGCGGAUGCUCGAUGAAGCCAAUGGAGUACGGCCGGUUUCUGGUGAUCUCACUAGGGACAGGCUCCAACAAGACAGAAGAGAAAUACAAUGCCAAAACCGCUUCGAAAUGGGGCGUCAUAAGCUGGUUGUACCACAAGGGCUCUUCUCCAUUGAUCAGUUGCUACUCUGAUGCAAUCUCAGAUAUGGUUGAUUACCACAACUGUGUUGUUUUCAAAGCUCUGGAAUCAGAGGACAACUAUCUGAGAAUAGAUGAUGACAAGCUGCAAGGAGAUACUGUGUCCGCAGACUUGGCUACAGAGGAGAAUCUGAAUAAUCUAGUGAAAGUGGGAGAGAAUCUGUUGAAGGGCCCUGUAACUCGGAAGAAUCUAGACACUGGACGCUACGAACCUGUAGAGAACGGUGGCACCAAUGAAGAAGCACUUCAAAGGGUUGCAAAGCUACUUUCAGAAGAGAGGAAGUACCGGCUGCGGUCGCUGCCAAGGAAUGCAGCCUGA